GGUUCGCGCGCUUCGGGCCUAGUCCGGACUCGCCGCCGCCGCCGCCAUAUUCCCGGUAACGGGGGCGCGCGGCCGGGGGCCGGCUGGGCCGGAAGAGGGCUCGGGGACGGCGCUGAGGCGGGGAGGGGUGGCAUCUUUCUUGCCUUGUCCGUUCUCCGGGCGCGUGAUCUUCCUUCCGAAGCCAUGUCAGAAGGAGUUGACUUGAUUGAUAUAUACGCUGAUGAAGAAUUCAAUCAGGACCCAGAGUUCAACAACACAGAUCAGAUUGACCUGUAUGAUGACGUGUUGACAGCCACUUCACAGCCUUCAGAUGACAGAAGCAGCAGCACUGAGCCACCUCCUCCUGUUCGCCAGGAGCCAUCUCCCAAGCCCAAUAACAAGACGCCUGCAAUUCUGUACACCUACAGUGGCCUGCGCAAUAGGCGAGCUGCUGUCUAUGUGGGCAGUUUCUCCUGGUGGACCACAGACCAGCAGCUGAUCCAGGUUAUUCGCUCUAUAGGAGUCUAUGAUGUGGUGGAGUUGAAAUUUGCAGAGAAUCGAGCAAAUGGCCAGUCCAAAGGGUAUGCUGAGGUGGUGGUAGCCUCUGAAAACUCUGUCCACAAAUUGUUGGAACUUCUGCCAGGAAAAGUUCUUAAUGGAGAAAAAGUGGAUGUGAGGCCGGCCACCCGGCAGAACCUGUCACAGUUUGAGGCACAGGCUCGGAAACGUGAGUGCGUCCGAGUCCCAAGAGGGGGAAUACCUCCACGGGCCCACUCCCGAGAUUCUAGUGAUUCUGCUGAUGGACGGGCCACACCCUCUGAGAACCUUGUGCCCUCAUCUGCCCGUGUGGAUAAGCCCCCCAGUGUGCUGCCCUACUUUAAUCGCCCUCCUUCAGCCCUUCCCCUGAUGGGUCUGCCCCCACCCCCCAUUCCACCCCCACCACCUCUCUCCUCAAGCUUUGGGGUCCCUCCUCCUCCUCCUGGCAUCCACUACCAGCAUCUCAUGCCCCCUCCUCCUCGAUUACCUCCUCAUCUGGCUGUACCCCCCCCUGGGGCCAUCCCACCUGCCCUUCACCUCAAUCCAGCCUUCUUCCCCCCACCAAAUGCCACAGUGGGGCCUCCACCAGAUACUUACAUGAAGGCCUCAGCACCCUAUAACCACCAUGGCAGCCGAGAUUCGGGCCCUCCGCCCUCUACAGUGAGUGAAGCAGAAUUUGAAGACAUCAUGAAGCGGAACAGAGCAAUUUCCAGCAGUGCCAUUUCCAAAGCUGUAUCUGGAGCCAGUGCAGGGGAUUACAGUGACGCGAUUGAGACGCUGCUCACAGCCAUUGCUGUUAUCAAACAGUCCCGGGUCGCCAAUGAUGAGCGUUGCCGUGUCCUCAUCUCCUCUCUUAAGGACUGUCUUCAUGGCAUUGAAGCCAAGUCUUACAGUGUGGGUGCCAGCGGGAGCUCGUCCAGGAAAAGACAUCGGUCCCGAGAGAGGUCACCAAGCCGGUCCCGGGAAAGCAGCAGGAGGCACCGGGACCUGCUUCAUAAUGAAGAUCGGCAUGAUGAUUACUUCCAAGAAAGGAGCCGAGAGCACGAGAGACACCGGGAUAGAGAACGGGACCGGCACCACUGAGAAAGGAGUCUGGUUGGAAGCUAAUGUUUUUUUAAUGGACUUGCAUCUCCUCACCUUGAUCAGGACUAAAGGACGGAGGCCGCUCCACCCCUUCCCCUUCCUCCAAGCCCCUAACCCUUCCAGACACCCAGGGAAUACCCUCUACCCUACAGGAUUGAAGAUUGCCUGGCAGCCCUCCCAGUCCUGCUCCUUUUUGCCAGGGUAAAGAACCUAAAGACUCCAUGUGGUUGGGAGGGUGGAAGAUAGGAAGAGACCAUGUCCAGGUCCCUGGUCUCCAUAGAGAAUGGUGCUUUGUCCAAGGAAACGCAUUGAGUUUCUGAUUCUCCAGGAGCAGUUCAGUGGUGAGGUUGAUGGGAAGAAUCCUUCCCAGAGAAAAUGGAUCCUCCCUGUGGGAUCUAGGAGAGUGACUGGGUGUGCCAAAUAUGCCCAGGGUCCUGCCCUCAGCACUAGGUUUGAUGGGGCCAAGAGGGUCCAAACCCCUUGCUAACAUACCACUUCUUUAACUCCUUUACCUUCCCAGCCCUUUGAGGAGGGACCAUGGGAACAGAAACUACUUCCUGGAAAGCUCCUGUUCUUGCUUUUCCCUCUUACAUAUUGACGGUUUGUUUCCCUAACCUCCCGGAGGGCUCAAACCCUUCUAACUCCUGCUGCCCAGCCUCCUCAGUGGACCUGCCCCUCCUAAGCAGAGAAGGCCCAUGAGGUUGCUGUCUGCUGGGGGGUCUGGCGGAGCCCAUUACCACCCUCUCCUGCUUCUUGCUUGGUUGCCUGUUGCAAUAACCAGCUCCAUCCACUAGAUGUUCCCUUUCCCUGGGGCUUUUCCAUUUCACAUGUGGAGCCCUUCCCCCAAGAAGGCGGCUUCCUUGUUUUAGAGGAAGGUACUGCCAUUGGGAGUUGGGGAUGUCGGACCUCAGCAGUGAAGAACCCUCGUGAAGUACUAGGAAUGGGGAAGGAGGCAAGUUGGGCAGGAUAUGGCCUACUUCCAUAGGCUUUUCUUUUUUCAGGUUCGAUGUGAGCAUGGGCUUGCAUCCUCCAGGUACAUACUUUUACUUAUUGUGGGAUAACCUGGCACUAGUAAGUAAAGUCACAAAAAUUUGGUAUUUUUUCACCUUUUGACUUAAUAGCUCCCCUCGCUCUGCCUGGAGGUACUUGCUGCCUCUGAUAAGGAGCAAGGAAGAAGUGGAGCCUGACUUGAAUGAGCUCAGCUCAAAAUUCUAAGGACCACCACUCUGGGGGCCAUUUUCUACACAGGCAAAUGGAAUUGCUUUUCCCAUAACAUCCAAAUUGUGAUGUGGUUGCUGCUGACAGAAACGGCAGCAACAGGGUCCUACAAUACCCAUGGGGCGACGGAUGCUGCUUCUGCAUCUAUAAGGGCAUGUGACAUCUAACAGGAGACGUGGCAUGUGAGAUGUAGGGUCACUGGAGACCCUUCUGGCUCAGAGGGGAGAGACUGAGUUGGACCGAACCCUUCCUCUGUUCCCUGCACGUUUCUGACACAGCCCUCAAUCAGUCACUAAGGGAGUCCCCCCAGGGUUGGAGAGGCACAUUCCCUUGGGACAGAGGCUACCGGUUGUAGCUUUUUAUCCCCUGUCCCCCAACCCCAUCCCCGCCUCCACUUCAGAAUAUGGCACCCCGCCCAGCCAGCCAAGUGUUAAGUGAUGUGCUUAUCCUCAAGAGCAGCUCCGGGUGUCUUUUUAAUGUAGAGAAAACCAAGUAAGGUGACAGUUUACGGCGAAGAAAAUAUAUAUAGAAUACCAGAAAAGCCGUUUACCCGGAGAAUUUUUUUUCUCCCUAUUUUUUGUUUUGUUUUUACUCAAUGACACAAUUUUUAGUUUUAUUUCCUGAUAGCAAAAGGAAAGAAACCCAACCCUCAAAAAGGCCAUGGCCCCGUCCCCCUGUUGUUGGUGAUUUGUUUGUCUUUCUGAUAGGUUGAAAAUUGUGUAAUAAACUUGAUGACACUGUCAAUCUUUUAUACUGCAUUGUAUUUUUUUUCCUUUUGUAACAAAAUAUUUUUAAAUAAUAAAUGGGGUGUGCGCUGUUUCACGGAUUCCGCAUUGCAUAGAUUUGUUGAGGUGUCUGGGACAUGGGUACGGGCUGAUGUAGAGGGAGGGGAGUGAAUCCCAGAGUUCUCAGCUGAAACUGGAUGGUGGGGGUGCAGUGUGUUUGGUACACCUAGGAGGCCUCGUGUAGCACUCUGGAGGUGCCCCUUGAGGUUUAGCUUUUUUUCCUUAGCCAUCUAAAUAGCCUAAUUCUAGGUCAUCCUUUAUCCUUCAAAAUUCCUAAGAUAUAUUCCCAGAAUAAAUGUCCUACCUUGUACAGUUGAGUUCUGCUAUCAAGUUCAUAAAGGGAAGAAUCCUCUGCUAGGAAUUAGCAGAUAGGCUGGCUAGUGCUUCCUUCCACUGUCUAAAUCUAUAACCAUGGACAGGCAGCAUGACCUCAGGCUCUCAUCUGCAGGAUGAAAAUGAUAGCUGUCCUGCCUUCCACACUGGGAUGUUUUAAGCAUCAGCAAUAACAAAUGGGAACGUUUUAUGUAGACUGAAUUGCUAUCUAAUAUAAGGAAGUACAGGUUAGAAAGCAGAGUGUUGAGGGGCGAUCCUUGGGAUUCCAGAAAGCUGACUUUUUAACAAGCACAGUGAACAAGAAGAGUUAACACAAUAAAAAGAUGAACGAAUGACCAGGUGACAUACAAUGUGUUAUCGAGACCAGUAAGGCAAAAGCAGUAUAAAAACAAGUAACCUGUAGUAGAAGGGAAUCUCCAGAGGGUCUACGAUGUUACCAAACUUACAGGAAAAAAAAAUUAUUGCAGUGCCUCUCAGAACUUAAACCAGUGUUCUCAAGUUGAGUUCCAUGGUCACCUGCAUCUUAGAUGUGUGCCAUGCUUGCCAAAGUGCCUUCCUGUGCUGCAUCAACUCUAAAGUCUAGAAGUCUACUUUUUUUGUUCCAGAUGGCUUAUGUGUGUGGGGACUAGAGUGUGAGGACUGUUAGACUGGAGAAGCAAAUACAUUCUGCAGUUUCUCUUAGGGGCAACCAUUGGAGUAUAGAAAGGGAAAGACUUGGAUCACCUCUGCCGUGCAGUCACCUGGCAGUUCUAGGCAUGAGUGUGAAUAUCUGAGCAACUUCCGUCAGCUCGUGACCAGCGGCUGCUCCUUUGUCCUUUCCCAUUGUCCCAGAAUGUUAGUUCUUCAGGUGUGCAUGGUGUAUGGUGGCUUCCCUUGACACUACAGUGAGUACAGCCUGACAUGUUAAACCCUGAAAGACUAGCUGUGCUGAUUCCAUUCUCCACUGCCUCAGUUUCUAUUGUAUGAUGUUCUCUGAUGACUAACCAUCCACACAGCUGGCUCUGACAAGCAGCAAGAAGAAUAGAACAUUUAUGGGACUUCCCUGGUGGACCAGUGGUUAAGGCUCCUAGCUUCCACUGCAGGGGGCACAGGUUUGGUCUGUGGUCAGGGAACCAAGAGCCUGUGUGCAGUGUGGCAUGGCCAAAAAUUAAAUAAAAAGGAGGCACAUUUAUGGAGCCAUGCAUGGGAAAUGCAAUGCUUCGAGGUACCCAAGGAGAAAAUGUGAGGACUUCCUGUUUUAAUCCUGUGCCCGUUUUCAAUCAUUCAUUCCCAUACUCAUGUGGUACCCAUUGAGGACUGGGGUUAAUCCAGACUGAGACAAGUAAGACACAAGUUUCUAACAAGUUAGUAACCAGUUGAUGCUUGGCUGUGUUACUUCUUCAUGUCUAAACCUGCCAAGUCCGGGGUGAGAUUGAAUUGCUCUCUAAAGCCCCUGUGAAUUAUAAGCUGCCUCUUAGAACUGAACCUCCCAUUCAUUUUUCUGCAUUGCUGGGAGGGUGGUGGUGGUUUAGUCACUAAGUUGUAUCCUACUCUUGGCAACCCCAUGGACUGUAGCCUGCCAGGCUCCUCUGUCCAUGGAGUUCUCUAGGCAAGAAUACUGGAGUGGGUUGCCAUUUCCUUCUCUGGGUGUGUGUGUGUGUGGGGGGGGUCUUCCUGACCCAGGAAUUGAACUCAGGCCUCCUGCAUUGCAGGCAGAUUCUUUAACCAUAACCAAUGAAACUAAAUGAAAUAGGUCAAGGACAAUGAGUUCUCCAGGUUGAUACCAGUGAUUUCUUCAAAGCAGGGCUAGGCGGCAAAAAGUCAGUGUGAGAAACAGCAGAAAAUUGUAUUCAUGGGAUAUGCUAUUGAAAUGUCAGGGAAGUUCCUAUUGGAGUUUUUGUUACUGUGUCAUGCUGAAUUAGACCUAUCUAAAUACAGUCUUUGGAUAGACCCCAAAGGCAGCUCUUAGGCAAGGACACAGAGGGUUAGGAAACAAGAGAAGGCCUGGACAGUGGAGACCUUUGUAGAAUGAGAAUGAGCCUGAUCACAGGAAAUAAGCAGUUAAAAACCAGCAUGACAUUCUUAAAGGCCAAUUACUUUUUACUCUGAGUAAGAGCAGAUAGUCUAGGAUUCACCUGAUAGCAAAGGGGCCAUAUGGCUCAAGGUUUCCUAAAGUGGCUUCUGUUAUGGCUUCUUGGAGCUAAAAAAAUGGCCGCUAUCAUGUAAGAUGAGAAACAGUUUUAAAGAUGGUUACUUGGGGAAGAGAAGAUACACUCAUUUAGGGCAACAUUUCUCCAGCUUCAAAAAUAAAAGUAUAUGUUCCUUUUAUGUUCACUUGAAAUUUUAAAACAACCAACCAAAAAACAUUGGUAAGUUUAGAAUAUGUUUCUUCCAAUUAACCACACCUCAUCCUGGAAAGAUGACGAUUAUCUGUAAGUAUGAGAGACAAGAUGCUGGCUGUACAACCACUGAUCCUGCGUGCUGCCACUACUGAAGCCUGUGUGUCUAGAGCCUGUGCUCCGCAACGAGAAGCCACUGUGGUGAGACGCCCGUGCAACACAACAAAGAGCAGCCCUCGCUCACCGAAACUAGAGGAAGCCUGAGUGCAGAAAUGAAAACCCCGCACAACCAAAAAUAAAUAAAUUUUAAAAAUAUGCUGGCUUUGGGGCAGAGGUGAAGAAUGUGAGUGGUCAGGAUGACAGGUCUGAAGAAGACACAGAAGCUGGCAGGGCCUUUAGGGAUUAAUUGAGACUAGAGCUGCGGGUGAGGAAAUUCAGCAGGACACCUUCACUGCUGCCUCUGUGUCCGCACAGGGUCACUAAGCACAGCCAAGAGCAAACCUUGGGGAUAGUCUCUACUUUCUCUUGAAGUGGAUGAAAUACUAGGGACAGGUGCCAUAAGGAAAAGGCUACAACCCCCCACAAUAGAAAAUACAUAUUUAUUAUAAAAUAAUGUUUGUUUCAUGAUGAGAGUAGAAAAAUAACACUAUGAGCUACUUAAAAGAGUUCUGGAGCUCAGUUUCUGAGAAAUGGGAUGAGCGGCUUUUGCAUCACUCUGGGAGCACACCCUCCUGAGGCACCGUGUGCCCCUGCAGGACAUGUGGGGCACAGCACACAUGGGGAGCGUGUGGUUCAGGUCCUUCUGGAAGCCCAGGGAGCCUGCAAGGUCCACACAAGAUGCUCUGGCCACGAAGAUGAAAGGAAAACCUGAGGUCAGAAGGGAGCUGGUUCCGAGGAAGGCCAGGAAGGCACCAGCCGUGCCCCUCCCUAUACUGGAGUGUAGAAGAGUCUCCUGGCUGAUGGUCCUUGUUGAGAAGAUGGUGCCCAGUGGCCUUAUGCUGGGUUUUUUCCCCAGGUGUCUGUGCCGAGGAAAAGCUGCAACCUUUCUCAGGACAACUUGGCCUGCCAUUUCUCACUGGUGUGGCUGAAGUACCAGAGGUAUGUAUGGUACUGCCAUACAUACCUUCAGCCUGUGAAGGCUGCUGGCUGAAGAUUUUGUACUUCACAUCCUGUCCAUACUGAUGGCAGAAAGAAAGAAAGAAAAUGUUAAAAAUCUAGUGAACAAGAGCAGCUGGCCUGAACUGUUCUAUAAUCCAAGCCUCUUGGCCCCAGAAAGCAAGAAUAUCUUCCCUAAGUGUGUAACUUCGGGAAAGACACCUUUCUACCCUCAGUGGGAGAAACACCUUUUUCACCCUUAAACAUCCUCUAGAGUCCAGACCCUUCAAGCUUUAGAAGAACAAUGAAUCCCUCCCUGGGAUGGGAACCCAACCCUCAGGUGAUGGGAAAUGGCCCCUCAGCAGCAGUACCUGGAGAAAGCGGUCAGGGUGAGCACCUCAAGCAGGAGCUCUGAGCCGCAGAAGAAGAGCAAGAUGCCGUUCAUGAUGGCUUCCAGGCGGAGCACGUAGGUCUGCAGCAGCAGGUAAUAGGAGGCCAUCAUGGUGGACGGAAAGGUCAAGGCCACACUAAUACCAAGUGGCAUCUUUCUCUGGCAGAGGUUUCCCUUUGUACC